GAAUCCUAUCCCAGCCCUUCAUCGCUUGCCAAUUUGGCUACCAGACUCCGCUCUCAGUGGAUAAUCAAAUCUUCUGAGCUACAGGUCUGGCCUCCAACUGACAGGCAAUAAAUGGGAGCAGGUACCUCAGUCUAGAAAUGGGGGGCCCCUGGAUAUGACUCCGGCCCCCGGUAUUUCUUCUCUGCCUCUUCACUUAACAGACUUUGCUCUGUCGGUUCCUGUGGCAUUAUGGGCAGUGUGGGCAGUCUCCUCUCUGGGCAUGGCCUUAGCAGCAAACAAGGAAGAGGUUCUCAGCAUCGUGGGAGAAAGCCACCUCACCUCAAGAAGCUGAGCCGUUGCUCAGAUGGUAUCCUAAGAUUUGGCUUUUCCCAAGACUCAGGGCAUGCCAAAGGAGGGGGGUCAAAGAUGGGCCGCAGUGAAGACUUCUUCUACAUCAAAGUAAGUCAGAAACAACAUGUUGGACCACGAGACCACGUAGGUCCACGGGAUCAUGUAGGACCACGGGACCAUGUAGGACCUCGGCAGGAGUAUCAUGGAGGAGUGACAAGCUCUGAAUCAGAAACCCAACCAGUCCAGGAAUAUCCUGUGCCAACAAAUAAGCCCUGCAGCCAGACCAGCAUGAUCCACUUUCCCAACCGACUAGAGCUGGAAAUGAAUGCCCUGCGCCCAUCACCACUGAAGCCUGGCAUGCGCAGGAACUCAGCCGUCACAUGUUAUCCUGCUGUAGAAAGUGGCCCACAACUUUCUCUUUACUAUCGGCCAGAUCGGGCAAGAGAAGCAGAGAGUCGGGCUGGGCACUGUAAAGAUGGCAUGUCGCAGUCUGGCAGGAACUCAAUGUCUAGCCUACCCACUCAUCCCAGCAAGCUGGGCACUGCAUGCCACUUGGAUGCUCUACUUAUGCCAACAGGGCGUUUUGGAGGUAGUGCCCACAACAUCACUCAGAGCAACAGGAGCAACAUGCUGAGCCUCAGGGCUAUGUCUUUGUCAGAUGGCGGAAAUGCAAAUAAGAUACUCAGCGUACCCGCAAAGCCAGGUGUGAGGUCUCCUCCAUCCUGUGAGAAAUUGGCAAGAGCAGAGUCUAGUGAAAUCGCAGAUGAAGGUCACCGAGGAGGAGGUAUUUCCAGGUCAAGGCAAAGCUCUCAGAGAGGCCAGAGACCCCAGCACAUGCUUUCUAUCCAGGUGACAGAAAGGGAGCCCAUGGAAGGCAAGAUGCGAGGAUACGAAAAAGAGAAGAAGAUCACUAUUAGCCCUUCUAUGGAUGAAACACAAUGGGAGGUAUGCCAGAAAUCUGGGGAAAUUGCUUCCCUACGCCAGCAGUUACGGGACACUCAAGACGAGGCGUCUCUACGUGCUAGUGAAAUUCUAAGCCUGAAAGCUCAACUUCGGGAAACAAAAGGCCGUGGAGAGGCCCUGGAGCAGCGGGCAAGAGAGGCAGAGGAAAGAUUGCGUGUAGCAGAGGCAGAGAGGGAUGAGAGGGAUGAUACAGUGGUAACAGAAGUCGAGUUAGAGUCCCUCCGUACAGAGCUGGAGGCAGAGCGGCAGAACAAUGAGCAGAUGACCGAUGUGUUCCAGAGGGAGAGGAAAACAUGGCGGGAUGAGAAAGAAAAGGUCAUUCGGUAUCAGCGCCAGCUGCAGCAAAACUACCUUCACAUGUGCCAGCGAUGCCAAGCUCUGGAGCAAAGGCUGAGGGCUGUGAGUGGAGAGGACCUGGACGACGGGCCCAUCAUGACUCUGCCUGAUAUGGAGCUCUCCUUCCAGGACAUUUUAGCCACUGAGAUCUGACUGGAGUGAGAGAGGCGCGUGGAGUGUGACUGUAUGUGGUGUGUACGAGUGAGAAUGGGACUGUGCAUGGAGACAUGUUGGACAUCAUUACUGAAAGUCUGUUUCUUUUGCCCAUAGCAACCAGGAACAUUUUCCCUUAGCAAUUUUUGGUUCAAUAUAGGAGACCUUAACUGGUUACUGUGCGCAACAUUUCUUCCUUUAGACACCGGGAAAGUCAUUGGGGACCUGUCCGUCACGAAACAUUGGAUGUCAUUUGAAUUGACAUUUUAUAAAUCUGCAAAUUUAGUGAAGCCAUGUGGCCUCCAAGCCCUGACUUGUUAUUUUUUUUAGGGUGCAAAAUUCUAAUAUUUCUCUUCAUGAGCCAGCUUCAGGCUUUGUUUGAAAAAGACCACAGGGGUUAGAUCAAGCCCAGUUCAGCCUUUAGGUUCCAAUAGCAGCUUUGCCCCCAUUGAACACCGUAAUUCUGUUGCCAGAGUUGAUAUUAGGACUCUGCAUCUUGGGAACAGAGGUUGUAGCAACACCCCCAUUCCCUCCUAAUAAAACAGGCCAUAUUACAUUUCUUAAUAAAUUGAUUCGUCCCAUAACCCCCAAGGGAGGACGGCGCCAUAUUGCAUUUUUUACUUAUUCUGGUACACUUUAGCCCUUGCAUUUUUGAAUUUGAAAAGUGUAUUUUUUUUUAUACAACUGUGGUUUAAGAAGCUGCACCUGCCAUGUUCCCCUAGUUACAACUAUGUAUACCACUGAAUACAAUAGCAGACAGGGUAAAUUCCUCCAUUCGCGCUGUUAAGCAUUAAUGGGGAAAUCAAUUGAUUUAUUUUGCUGAACAAGAGAAAUAUAAACACGCAUUGCUAGCUUGAAGGAUUACUAAACCCAGAGCAAAAAUGCAAUAUAUUGAAGCUUAAAGUUCUUAGAUGUCCUGCCCACAUUAGUUUUCAAUUUUUUUCAAGCUACCGUGUUUCCCCGAAAAUAAGACCGGGUCUUAUAAUAAUUUUGGCAACAAAAGACACAGCAGAGCUUAUUUUCGGGGUAGGUCUUACCAUGUAAUGUACUGUCUUCUCAACAAACCCCCCACCUCCGCAUGUCAUGAAUCCCCAGUGUGAUCCGAGUUAAAAUGCUUGUAAAAUCCUAUAAUCCACUCUAUUACAGAAGUUAAAUAAUGUACAAUAUAAUUGUGCCAAAUACCUUUUUAUAGCGCCCUGGAGGUUUCCGUGACCUGGUUUCUUCCCCACUCUGAGCACUGCAGGGGGAGGGGAUGGAGGAAAAGAUCCUCUGCUGACAGCUGGGAGAAGAGGAGGAGGAGAGCAGUGGGAGGUCAGAUGAGUGCCGAGCGAUGCUGUACCGAAGGUAUUUGGCACAAUUAUAUUACAGUAACACACCAAUUGUACAGUAUUUACUACUGUAAUAGAGUGGAUUAUGGGAUUUUACAAGCAUUUUAAACUAGGGCUUAUUUUCGGGGUAGGGCUUAUAUUGAAGUCCUUCUGGAAAAUAACAGUAGUUCCUAUUUUCAGGGUAGGUCCUAUUUUUGGGGAAACACGGUAAGAACAUUUUCAACAAAUACAGAAAAUAGCUGUUUCUGUGAGCUGCAUCGCAGAUUAUCUCCUUUCCUUGACAUCUUUUGUAAACUACAAAUUCCCCCCCCCCACGUAACAGAGAUGAAGAGAUAGGGACAAGUUUGUAGUCUAUAUCAGCAGAACAGCCUAGGGUGACAAUGAUGGCUCCUUCCAUAGAUACAAUGAAGGGAAGAUGUAGCCACCCGGGGAUAGGAAGUGUGUUAUUUGUAGGAUUGCCAGGUGAAAGUAAAGUGAAAACAAUACAGCCGCCACACCAUAAGCUGCAAUAUAUUGCAUUUUUUGGUUUUGGAUUUAGAUAAACUUUAAAUCCUCAAAGUGAUGGCCAGUGCAAACAACAGACAAUAGUAGAGUCAACAGGCUGAUAAUCAGCAAAGGCCCAGACAAACAGACCCCAGGUUCAAAACAAAAAAUGAAGCAAUAGCAGAGUCAACAGGCUGAUAAUCAGCAAAGGCACAGCAAGUUUAGUACAAAUACUGGUAUAAUCCAGGGAAUCCUUGCAACCGCAAGUCAAGGGUUUGGCUCAUUGGUGCGGCAUAGCUCCAAUGACUUGAAUUGCUGAGUUUAACAACUGGCAUCUUGACAUGUGAACAGCCUCUUCCGGCAAUAUUCCAGAGCUUAGGCAGGUUGCAAGGGGAUGGUAAAUUGUGUGAAAUAACCUCUGAUAUUGGGAUUGUAUAGGCAACAAAUAAGAAAUUGUAUAGAAAA